AUGAAGGAUUUUGGGUUGUUGAGUUCAAGAUCCUCCGCUAUGGUGAUUUCAGCCCGAAAGGCGCUAUGGAUCUGCCAAUGGAAUGCUGAUGCGAAAUCUAAAAAGAAUAUUGAGGCACUCCCUUACAAUGGAGAGGCCCUCUUUGGAGACAAGCUGGAUGCCAUGAUUUCAACAACUACAUCAGGCAAGUUCAAAUUCAAGAUGGAAUCCUUGAGAGCGGUGAUCUCCAGCUUGGAGGAAAAGAAAUUUCUGGUGUCGGGGGACAUCAAGGAUGCUUACUUGCAUGUUCCCAUUUACCCUCCACAUCAAGCAUACCUCAGGACAAUUAGAAGAAUGUUCAAAUCCGAAAACAAAGGGUUUAAAAAACUUUUGGCUCUUACAAUAAUUUUCAGUGUGCUGUUUGGCUUCAUCACUCAUCUAAAAAUGUUCCAGGGUCAAGUAGAAAUCAUGACCAUGGGAACUGAACCUGAGAAGAAAGGCCAGCAAAUAAACCAGCUACUGACCUUCAUGAACCAAACAAUUCCAAAUGUCGAAUUUAUGUAUUUAAAUGAAACAACCAGUGCUAAAGAGAGCACAGCAACCAUUAUAGAUUAUAAAGAAAAGUACUGUGUUGGAGACAUCAUAACUGUUCGAAUUGAAAUGUUCAGUUAUUUGGGUAAAAAGAAGACCUAUGGCGGAGACUAUUUAAGUGCACGGAUUUUUUCCUCAAAACUUGCUGCUGGAGCUUCUGGGAAAGUUGAGGAUUUUUAUAAUGGCACCUAUAAUGUCUAUUUCACUCUGUUUUGGGAAGGUCCUGUACAAAUAUCCAUCCUUUUGAUGCACCCAAGUGAAGGAGUGUCUGCUUUAUGGAAAGCAAGGAAUUCUGGAUACAAAUUAAUUAGUUACAUAGGAAAAUUCCUCAAUAAAAGUCAAGAAGUUCAAACGCAAUGUGGAUUUCAUAUGGAUUCACAAGCAGAAAUAUGUGCAUAUGAGGACAAGAAAUAUGAAGAAUUCUUCUACUGUAUCAAACCGCCAGGUGUAGCUUGUGAGGCAUUUAUUUCAUUAAGGAGCAUGAACACGCCUUACACUAAUCUCACAAACAUGGAGAAGAAUCUUUUUAAUAGGUCCAAGAUUGGGGAACAAAUGAUGAAACAGACUCAAAAUAUUGAUGUUUUGAAAUGCACAGGAACUUCUACGAGUGUGAAACCAAAAUGCCAGACUGGGAUGCCCGUGCCUUUUCCUAGCGGCUAUUUCCUAAAAAAUCAUUGGUAUCCUCUAUUUUGCAACUUAUCUACAGAUGAACCCUUAUCUCACAUUCACACAUGUCUAGCUCGAAAAAUGAUAUAUCUGAUGGGGGAUUCAACAGUUCGACAGUGGAUAGAAUACUUCCCAAAACUCCUGAAGACUCUGAAGUUUUUUUAUACCCCUGGAAGCGGCUGGCACAAAUUAUACAUAGCUUUAGAUGUAACAAAUGACAUUUUUAUACAGUGGAAGAAGCAUGGACAACCGUUUGUUACUAACAUCUUCUUCAAUGUGAAAGAAGAUGCGUCUGUCACCACUCAAAUCAACCGACUUGGUGGUGGCUCUAACACAAUUAUUGUCAUUGCUCUAGGACAGCAUUUCAGAUCCUUCCCUAUUGAUAUGUUUAUCAGAAGACUGAUCAAUGUACGCAAGGCUAUAGAAAAUCUGUUCCUGAGAAGCCCAGAUACAAAGGUCAUCAUUAAGUCAGAAAACACCAGAGAAAUGGAUCAUGAUGUUGAGCGAUUCAGUGAUUUUCAUGGAUAUAUUCAAUAUCUUUUAAUGAAGGACAUCUUCAAAGGACUUAAUGUUGGGGUAAUUGAUGCAUGGGACAUGACAACAGCCAUUGGAUCUCAUAGCACUCACCCAUCAGAGACAGUGAUUAGGAAUCAAAUCAACAUGUUCUUGUCUUAUAUUUGCUAA